CAGAUAGAGCAGAAAAGCUCUACUGAAUUGAAAUCAAUUGAUUUUGGAUUAAGCACACUUAAAAAUUUCCCCAAUGGCUUCUUUGUCUAUGCAGAUUCGAUGUGGAGUGUGCUUGAACGAUUUAAGGGAUCCGGUGUCUAUUCCAUGCCAACACUCCUACUGUAGAGUGUGCAUCACCCGUCACCUGGCCGUGAAUGGCGAUGAAAACAGAUGUCCAGAGUGCCGGAGUCUCUUUAGCAGGGAUGAUGUCAGGGUCAAUCGGGCGUUGAGGAACAUCGUGGACGCUGUUAGAGCCCAUCUGGAGGAGCAUGAAUCCCUCAGAGAACCAUCAAUGUCCACCCUGAGGAGACCAAACCAGACCUCUACAGACCAAUGUCCCAACCACUUCGAGACGUUCAGCCUUUUCUGUGAGACAGAUCAGAAACUCAUCUGUGUGGCCUGCAGAAGGGACCGAAGGCAUCAGGGGCACAGGUUCAAAAAUCUGAGUGAGGCAUUCCAGGCCAAUAAGUUGAAGGCAGCCGAGAGGUUUGACAUUUUGGUCUGUGAAAACAAGACACUGGUGGAGUUGAUUGAGAGCCAGGCUGACGAGAUUAAAAGAACAAGGGAGCAGUCAAAGGUGCUGUCAGACCAGCUUUCUGAGCAGUUUGAGCAGAUGCACCAGUUUCUGAGAGAUAAAGAGGACGAGGUAAAGGCACUGCUGUUGGUGGAGGAGGAUAAUCUUUUAGAACGUAUGGAGGUAAACCUGUUUCCAAUGGAGGAAAUGUUGUCGGAAGUGAAAGUGAAUCAAGGAGUGUUAGUGUCGGCCCUGGAGAUGGACGAACCCUGCCAGUUCCUGCAGUGGUGGGCUGAGUGUGGACAGUCACUUAUUGGGGAAACGGCGUCAUCUCAACGAAUGCCUGUGAGUGAUGUUACAGUUAUUCGUAACACACUGUUCCUCGGGCCCUAUGAGACUGACCUGAAGGUCACUGUCUGUAAAGUGAUGCUCAAAUCCAUCCAACCAGGUUUGCCUGUUUCCUCUGCAUCUCCGCUGGACAGAAUCUGAAUGGAGAGGAACACAUUUACAGUUUGUUGGUACUGAGGCCAACAUGAUAUCUAAAGGUGCUUCAACAGGGACAUUUAGGGUUUUUCACAUUGGAUACGAAGUUAACGAACAUGUUUAGAAUUAAGGCAUUUUUAUGACUUAAUUGCUGAUGUAAUCACUAGUUAUGCAGUCAUAUAAUAUCAUGAGGAAGAGAGUUAUACAGUCAUAUAUAUAAGUUUGAGCACCCCUGAUCAGGUCCUAUUACACAUAUUGCUGAUCUUCUAUGUGAAAAAAAGUUAACUAAUUUUCUACAGAGAACAUACUUAAAUACAGGAUUGCUGCGAAUUGUAAUGCACACUUAAAAAUAAACCAUAAAAUGUACCAUAACUUCUUUAGACCCCUGCCCCAAAAUAAAUCUGCUAAAUUUAGCAAAUAAACAGUAAUUUUGCAGUAAAAUAUGCAGAAGUGUUCACUGCAGAGUAUGUGUUAAUUAUUAUCACUUAGAAAAUCAACAACAACCUGGAAUUUGGCUAAAAUUUUUGCAUAAAACUGGAGUUUUUUGCAGUUCUUAAUAUAUGAGUAAUAGUUAUGUUUUGGGCUGAAUUGUGCUCAAGAAAUAUAUGCACAUCAUUUUGUUGAAGAAAUGCUUUUAUAUUCAU